AAGAGUAGAAAUAAUCAAUAUAUGUUUUAAAAUAAGAGAUAUUAGUUGAACUGUAAAAUCAAAAGGGUUCACUAACCCAAUACUACUUUGUUUAUAUCUACUUCAUCACUACGUCACACUCACAAGGUUUCUUCCAUGAAAAUGACCAUUACGGACUCAAGGUUUCUCCUUCAUACUUGGUUCUCUCUUUCUCUCUCCCAGUCUCUCUCUCCCACUCUCACUCACUGUGGUCUUUCUUAUCACACCCAUUUCCUCCUUACCCAGAAAUAGUAUGAGUCAACUGGUCCAAGAAUAUAGAAACAUUGUGAUUGUGAUAUCAAGUCCAGGGUAUAAAUACAGUUGUACAAAAUAGAUAUUUGAGAUAGAUUUUGGGGUUAUUGAGCUACUGCUCCACCCCGCAUAAAAUCAUACAGUUUGUUCUCCUGGCCCAUCCCAUGGCCGUAAACAAAGGAGUCCUAUAGCUUUCACAUAUCCUGUUAUUUAUAUUUCUUCAUUGUAUACUUCUCAUCAAUAUUACAUCCUUUCUACCUUCAAGGAAGGGUGAAUAAAUAUAUUAUAUUGGAACUGCAUAAUCAUCGUCUUCUCAUCUUUAUUCGACUGUAACACAACAUAUAUAUACGCCAUCGAACGCUACCAUAACUACGAAUAUAUAUCAACCAUCAUUAAAACAUUAUAGUGUUACAUUUGGUGGCAGCGGCAAACGGUUUGCACCUUAUGCUCGGAUUUUUGUCUUCAAACUGUUCCUGUGCGAAUAACAACAUACAACCUCAUAUCGAUGAUUUCGAUAUGCUUAUUUAACUUGGACGCUUUGCUGAGUUUAUUUCUUUAUUGUUUAGCUGAAUGUACUUCAACUGGAGAAAUGCCAUUUUGUAUUUACAUACUUUUGAACUGAUCAUCGUUUAUAUGUGAACAGGAGUUCACAUGAACUAUUUUCAUCUGUAUUUUAUAUUUUCUUCGCAUUUUGAUUGCUUAUAUAAUUCUACUUGUUUGGACGCUUUCCUGAACAAAUUCACACAUUGUAUAUAACUGGAAGUGCCAAAACUUGUUUAUUUCUUCGUUUGGAGCUUCAUUCACUUCUCUUUUAUUCUGAUGCCCUAUAUGCUCCCAUCGCCAGUCUGGUUCCUGUGGAAGAAUCUCCUGCGCAUCAAGUCUACUUCUCCAAGCUUCAUCCAGGAAGUUGUGAUCAUGGUUCUUCAAUGAUUCGGACAUUUCUUUCACCAAUAUUCGACAUCUCAAUACUCCAGACUCUUCAUCUUCUCUUUUUCAUUGCUCCUUGACUUUGUGCUGGUGAGAGAGGGUCAUCAUUCUAGAUUGCAUAACUUUUGAUUGCUGCAGACUUUUGAUUUGGACAUAUUUAUGUUCUCUAAUGUGUUUUAUGUGAUAUUGGAUUUCAUGGUCUGCGUAAGUCCUUUCCAUUAUAUACAUAUGUAGUUCCAAUUAUGAAUUUUCAAUUUUUCAUUAAUUUCCUUUGCAGUUUCCAAGAUAAAAAUGAACCCAUUAAGACGAGGUUCAUUGCAAUACCCUGAAACACCCCAUAUUGUAGUAACGUUUGAGAAUUCACUUACAUUUCUUCCCGCACAAAUUCAUGCAACCUCACGCUAUUCUUACAUUAGCAAAUACGUUGCUGAUAACCUACCCUGCCUUCAAGGUUUAGACGCAUCAGCUUAUCUUAAUUUGCAAGAAGCUAGAAUUGAUGAUCCUAGAAUUUGUGGGGCAAUAGCUACCAGAAUCCAUUCUGCAAGCAUUUCAUGGUCAACACCAUGUUUCUUUAUUGUAGUUGAUACGCUCGAUUUCCAUGUAAUUCUAGGGACUGAUUUUCUCGACAGACUUAAAUACCGCGAGUCCUUCUCUCUGACUUACACACCAGCUAACAAUCCUGAUUUCAGUCCUAGCAUUCCAUAUUUAUUUUGUGAGCUGAUCAAGGAAAUAGAUCCUGUCAACGGGUCCAACCCUCUAAAAAGGCCCUCUGAUUUAGACAACGCUUCCACCUCAUCCCAGUCCCAUUCUGACACUGACCCCUGUGAGAGGCCCCUUUCAUCUGCCCCAGUUACUCCUGCUACUGAUCAUGAAACCAGUGUUAGUGAAACUGACCCCGGCACCAAAUGCUUUGAUCAGUAUGAAAAUGCUGACCUCCAGGAUCCUUACCAUAUACCAUCUAACACUUUGAAACCAAUAGCCACCAAUUCCCCUCCACCACAUCUUCCUGAUCCCUCAUCAUCUCCUGACGACUCUUCAUCCCUGUGCCUAUCAGAUCCCGACUCCUCUCUGACAUCCCCUAUUUCUCAACCUCCUAGUCCUAGUCCAUGUCAUAGUGAUGAAUUUCUUCCUGUCUCUGAGAUCCCUCCUGACAUUAACAUUCCCCAGGUCCCUCAGCAUGUAGAUGUACCCAUCUCAUCUCCUCUUUCUCCUGUUCCUUCCUCAGCCAUUUCAACACCUAACAUGAUUACGAUUGACUUCGAGGAAGAUAGUCAUGAUUUUGAUGCAUGUUCUGCUCCUUGUAUGACAACUCCUCAUUCUACACCUCCUCCUCCUGUACCACCUUCCCCCAACAUUGCCACGGUAACGCAAUUAGAGACUGUAAUUGACAAAGCUCCAGCCUUGGAUACCGAUCCUGUUGAUCAUGGUAAUGAUCUUGAAUCCCGAUCUCAUGUAAGCACUGGUAAUUCCAAACUGCCCCUGGUAUCAUUGAACACUAUGGUCAUCCCCGCUCACAUUAAGUCAGUAUCUUCUCGGGACGAUGUUGCCCUAGACGAUCUUAACUACUUGUCACAAGCAAGUGAUAUUCACACCUGUCAUCUCUCCCCCUUCAAUUUGCCUGACCCACUCACAUCCUAUGGUCUACACCAUGGAUUCACUUCCCUCAUACUCCCUCAUGGUCCUGGUCCUCCUCUUAUUACAUGUUAUUGAUAACAAAUUGAUAGAUGUAUCUGGAUAACAGAACUGGAUUGACUUUGACCAUGAUUCAU